AUGGAAGUUAUCAACAAGAUGGUUACUCUACUACCCAAUGUCGAAGUGCUAAAGAUCAUCAACGAAACGCGCGCACGGGAGACGAAGAAAAAGAAGCACGACCAAGAUUCUAAGCUAAGCACCCUACUAUUCGAGACGAGCAGUUAUCUCAACCAAACCCCGGUGGCCUCACAAAACGAAGAACAUUUUUGCAAGCUGGUAGAAGUACUGAAACCGGUUAAGCUGACACAGGCUGAAAUCCUGCAGAUCGCAAAUCUUCGACCGUCGAGUAGCAUCGAGCUUCAGUUGAUUAUCGAGGAUUGUGAAGAACGGAUCAAGACAGAAGAGCAGCUGGAGUUAAAAUCACUGCAGUGUUACCACCGUUGGCGCCAAAAUCUGUGGACCAGGGCAAAACAACCAACGGAUCGCAAGCGAGCUAACACCGAAUACGAUCGGGCUUAUUUCGGUUUCGUUUUGGCG